CCGAAACCGGAAGUUACGACAAAUGUUGUCAUGGCGUCUCACAUGUAAAUCACCGAGCUUCAGACAUUGAAUAAAACAUCUUAUUUGGAGAUUUAAAGGUUAAAAGAAUCUAGCUGGCUCUCAGAGGGAAAACAAUGAGCACACAAUACAGCAUCCUUUUCAAGCAGGAGCACGCACACGAUGACGCUAUCUGGACAGCAGCGUGGGGUAAAAGUGAGGCGGAUGGGACGGAAACUAUUGUCACUGGCUCUCUAGAUGAUAUGGUGAAAGUCUGGAAAUGGUCAGAUGAGAAGCUGGAGCUGCAGUGGACGCUGGAGGGACACCAGCUGGGAGUGGUGUCAGUGGACAUCAGUCACAACGGAGCAAUCGCUGCCUCCAGCUCCCUCGACGCUCACAUCCGUCUCUGGGACCUGGAGUCAGGAAAACAGAUCAAGUCCAUGGACGCCGGGCCAGUUGAUGCAUGGUCGGUUGCCUUCUCACCAGACUCUAAGUACAUCGCCACAGGAAGCCAUCUUGGCAAGGUCAACAUCUUUGGUGUGGAAAGCGGCAAGAAGGAGUAUUCUCUGGACACCAGAGGAAAAUUCAUCCUGAGUAUAGCUUACAGCCCUGAUGGAAAGUAUUUGGCCAGUGGAGCCAUCGAUGGAAUCAUCAACAUCUUUGACAUCGCCACUGGAAAGCUGCUCCACACACUGGAAGGUCACGCCAUGCCCAUCAGAUCCCUCACUUUCUCCCCCGACUCCCAGCUCCUGGUCACAGCCUCCGACGACGGCUACAUCAAAAUCUAUGACGUGCAACAUGCCAACCUGGCUGGCACGCUGAGCGGACAUGGAUCCUGGGUUCUCAACGUGGCCUUCUCCCCUGAUAACACCCACUUUGUCUCGAGCUCGUCUGACAAGAGCGUAAAGGUUUGGGACGCCAGCUCCAGAGCGUGUAUCAACACUUUCUUCGACCACCAAGACCAGGUGUGGAGUGUAAAGUACAACAGCACCGGCUCAAAGAUCAUCUCGGCUGGAGACGACCGCGCCAUCCACAUCUACGACUGCCCCAUGUGAUGGAUGACGUCCAGUACAGGCUACAUGAGGAGGGGACCUGCAGAGCUGUUAACUCAGAUUAUUGAAGUUGGUAAAAGUGGGAGGGAGGAGACAAGAUGUAAAUGUAAAACUUUUUUUUUUUUUUGCACUGGCCCACUAUGGUCAAAUAAAAUAGUUUCUUUUGUACGUUUGUUUCUGCUGUAUGUGUUGAGUUUAUGGGCUGAGCCUUCGACAUCUUGACAUAUCUUUUUCAUGUCUGUGAUCUGAUUUGGUAACAGAAUUAUGUGUAGCAUACAGUAUAAUUGUAAAUUGGCAUCUAUUGGUAUCAGAUAAAAUAGGCUAUUUGGUAUGCAGCCCUAAAACAGAUAAAAGGCAGUUAAAGAUUAUCAACUAAAUAAAAUUGAAUGUAAAAAGAUAUAUUCAGCUUUAGAGCUCCUGUAACCUCCAAUCAGCUGGUUAAAAAGAGAAAAGGUUUUAUUUUUUUCCUUAAGGUUGAAGUGAAUUAAACUCCUUUUUCAUCUUCGUUUUCCUUGUUUUAGGUCUUAUUAUGUUAGCCAUCCAUUUAGUUAUAGUUCUGGCUUGUCUGAUAACCUGUUACUUUACUAUUAAACCUUUCUCUGAGUUUU